AUGUUUGGGACUUCCGGGCCCUUGUCGUACCCUCGUAUGAGCGAGGACUCAGAAGUCACAAACAUCGCACCUUCGGGUCGAGGGCUCGGAAGUCCCGAACAUCUCUGCUCGAUGGCUCGAAAUUUUUCUCGAGGGCUCGCCACGUAUCUGAAAUCCGAGGGCUCGAAAAUCGAUACCCCUCGAAAGCUUAUAUCGAGGGUCUCAAGUGCCAAUUUCCGAGGGUUCGAGCCCUCAGCGACGGCCUAUUUUCGAGUACUAGCCGCACCCCUCGAACGAAUUUUUUCAUCUACAUGGAUUCAGCUUGAUGAUGUUGAAACGAAUGUUCAUCACGUAACAAUUGAACAAAUUCAUAAAUAUGAGGAUGAAUAG